AUGUUUUUGGCUGUCUUUAUCGUUUCUUUUGCAUUCGCUGUCAACAGUUUACCUGUUGAAAACAAAGGUGCCAAUCCAGAAUGGCUUGGUGGUGGAUAUGAAGGUGAUAUGAAAUUUGCACCAGAUUUCGAUGCAAGCCGCGGUGUUGCUAUUUUUGGAGCCGCGCGUCGUUGGCCUAACAGAAUAAUUCCGUAUGAUAUAUCAGCUAUUUCAAAUGCCAACGACAGAAAGACGAUUACGGACGCCAUGAAUAAAUUGAUGUACGAUGUUGGAACACCACAAGUAAAUGGAACAGGACGAACAGCUUGUGUCUUCUUUCGACCAUCUCAAAAUGGUGAUAAAGAAAUACUUAAAGUCCAAUAUGGCAAUGGAUGCAGUGCCCAUGUCGGAUAUGGUACAAACUAUCAAAAAAUACUCACCUUACAACAAAACGGAUGUUUCCACAGUGGUACUAUUCAACAUGAACUUACUCAUGUUCUUGGCUUUUUCCAUGAACAAUCACGACCAGAUCGAGAUUCAUUCCUUAAAAUUCAUACAGAGAAUAUUAUUGAAAAUCAAGAACACAACUUUAAAAAAUACGCCGCCGGCUCAGACGUAGAAUUACAAGGAUUCGACUAUGAUUAUGGUAGUUUGAUGCACUACGGAACAGACUACUUCACCAAGAAUGGUAAACCAACCAUUACACCAAUUAAACCUAAUACAGUGAUCGGUCAACGUGAAAAACUUAGUGUAAUUGAUAUUGCUGAAAUUCGUCACUAUUAUAAAUGUUAA